AUGAGUGGCUCCUUUGACAAGAAGAUCACCAGCAUCCUGACCGACCUCUCCAGCUCCCUGAGCUGCUCCAAGGAUUCCCCCACCUUGCCCGAGUCCUCGGUCACCGACCUGGGCUACUACAGCGCCCCCCACAGCCAGCACGACUACUACCCCAGCCAGCCCUACAGCCAGCCCGUCAACCACUACUCCUACCACCACCAGUUCGGCCUCAACGGGCUCACGGGGGCUGGGACUUACCCCCCCAAGGCCGAGUACCCCUACAGCCCCUCCUACAGGCAGUAUGGGCAUUUCAGGGAGCAGCAGCUGCCGGCCCAGGAAGCAGUCUCAGUGAAGGAAGAACCGGAACCGGAGGUGAGGAUGGUCAACGGGAAACCCAAAAAGAUCCGAAAGCCCAGAACCAUUUACUCCAGCUACCAGCUGGCGGCUCUGCAGAGGAGGUUUCAAAAGGCUCAGUACCUGGCCCUCCCCGAGAGAGCCGAGCUGGCUGCUCAGUUGGGGCUGACUCAGACGCAGGUGAAAAUCUGGUUCCAGAACCGGAGAUCCAAGUUCAAGAAGCUCUACAAAAACGGGGAAGUACCCUCGGAACACAGCCCCAAUAACAGCGACUCCAUGGCCUGCAAUUCUCCGCCUUCUCCUGCCCUCUGGGACAGUAACUCUCACAGCAACCCCUCCAGCAGGAACCAGCUCUCCCAGCAGCUCCCCUACGGCUCUUCCCCAAGCUACCUGGAAGAGCAGCACAACCCCUGGUACCACCACCAGAACCUCAGUGGACCUCACUUACCGCAUCAAGCUUUGCCCACUAACACCAUGCAUCAUACAUCUCCCGGGCCUCCCAAUCCGGGGGCCGUGUACUAA